AUGGGUAAAUUACCAAAGGCUCGUGUCAACAUUGCUAACCCUUUUAAUCAAGUUGGUGUUGAUUAUUGUGGACCUUUCCUUUUAAAAGAAAAGAAGUUUCGUAAUCGAGGUUCUAUAAAGGCAUACGUCGCUGUAUUCGUAUGUCUUUCCGUAAAAGCUGUUCAUCUCGAGUUGGUGACCGAUCUCACUUCAGAUGAUUUCUUGUCUGCCCUAAGGCGAUUUAUUUCACGUAGAGAUCUAUGUCAAGAUAUCUAUAGUGAUAAUGGGACUAACUUCGUUGGAGCUAACAACAUUUUGAAGGAAUUUAUUGAAGAUAUAAAUACCACUGAAGUUCAAAAUAAAAUUCAAGGAUACCUAAGUGACAAAGGUAUUCAAUAG